AUGGAGAACCAGACAUGGAUUGGAGAUAUCUUACUCCUAGAGGGGUUAAAGGUCACCCCACAGUCUUCCAUUCCUGUCUUCAUCGUCCUUUUUUCCGUCUACAUCUUCAUCAUGCUGUCCAACAUUGGCCUGACAGUUCUGAUCUCAGUAGAGAGAAGCCUUCACCAGCCCAUGUAUCUGCUGUCCUGCAAUCUAAACAUCAAUGAUGUCUUCGGUGCUACGGCCAUUUUACCUCGCUUGAUAAGUGACAUAUUUACAGAAAGUGCAGAGCGCUACAUUACUUAUAUGGGGUGUGUCGUUCAAGCAUUUUUCUUUCAUCUUCACAUAGGCACUUAUCUCUCAGUACUGAUGAUAGGCCUCUCUGUCCGUUUGUCUCGCUGCAGGAGAAUGGUAUCAAAUCCAUUCUGUGACAAUGCCUCUUUAUUCAAGCUUUCUUGUGAAAGUGUCUUGAUCAAUAAUAUUUACGGCCUUGGGUACACUGUUGUCAUACUGGGUUCAUCCAUUGGCAGCACAAUACUCACCUACCUAAAGAUCACCAUAGCAUGCUUGACCAGUAAGAACAGGGCAUUAAACAGCAAAGCCUUACAGACCUGCUCCACACACCUCACUCUAUACCUCAUCAUGAUAUUGUCAGGUCUCAGUUCAGUCGCUCUGCACCGUUUUCCUGAGUUAUCGGAGCAGAGAAAAUGGGCCUCCAUUGUGACCAUGUUGGUCCCUCCUGCUCUUAACGCUGUGAUCUAUGGGCUGCAAAUAAAACUGAUAAGGCAGAAGAUUGUUACCUUAUUUAAUAAAAAUACAGUUGCUUAG